AGAAGAGAGAGGUCUAGCCGGUUAAAGACGGCAAAGGCACAUUCUUUACUGUGUAGCCGGCUAUUUGUAAUUUCCCCACCGUACAAAUAUUCCUCAUCCAUAUCAUUUUUCUAUAAUUUACCUCAUCAUCAUCCCUUUAAAAACCUCUUCAUUGGAGGGCUUAUGGAUGGUCAAGUUUUUUCCAUGGCGAAAUUAUCACAGGGGAACCGCAGAAACAGUGCAGAUAGUAAUGGUAUUAAUAACAGUAUGAGCAUCGGCACCAGUACCACGAGCAAUGGUGUUACAAAGGUGAAGAAGAGAACUAGGAGAAGUUUCCCAAGAGACUCGCCUCCACAGCGUAGCUCGAUUUAUCGAGGUGUCACUAGGCAUAGGUGGACGGGUCGAUAUGAAGCUCACCUGUGGGACAAGAACUGUUGGAAUGAAUCACAAAACAAGAAAGGACGACAAGUCUAUCUUGGUGCUUAUGACGAUGAAGAAUCUGCAGCACAUGCUUAUGAUUUAGCAGCACUCAAGUACUGGGGUCAAGAUACCAUUCUUAACUUUCCGGUAUCAACAUACCAGAAGGAGUUGAAACAAAUGGAGAGUCAAUCUAGAGAAGAAUAUAUCGGAUCAUUAAGAAGGAAGUCCAGUGGUUUCUCUCGCGGAGUUUCGAAAUAUAGAGGUGUUGCCAGACAUCAUCAUAAUGGAAGAUGGGAAGCUCGCAUUGGAAGAGUGUUUGGCAACAAGUACCUCUAUCUCGGGACAUACGCUACUCAGGAAGAAGCGCCACUGCAUAUGAUAUGGCUGCUAUAGAGUACCGGGAUUAAAUGCUGUGACAAACUUUGAUCUAAGUCGUUAUAUCAAAUGGCUUAAACCGAUCAACCCGCCCCGAAACUAAUCCCAACUCUAACAUAGACACUACUACUUCAACAGUAACAAACCCUAGUCAAGAACUUAACCUAAGUUUUUAGUAACAACAGCAGCAGCAACGAAGACGACAACCCACGGGUGCAAGCCUCGUUGUCCCUAACGAAACCUUGCCGACUCAAGGCUGUGAAUGCCACCUCAGCUCUAGGGCUUCUCCUUCAAUCUUCGAAAUUCAAAGAGAUGAUGAUGGGCGUCGAAUGUCGAUCGGUGCCAGUUGACACUACCGAUGUCGGAACCGAUGCAAUACAGCUUCCCUGAGAACGUGGAAACGUACUUGGAAUGUCAAGAUUCGAGCAGUCUGGGAGAUGACGUUCACGAUAUGAUUUUCGGUG